AUGAAAGCUGCUACCAUUUUAUUCUCAACUUGUAUCCUGGCUUGUUGCUUUUUAAGAAACAGUGAGGCUGUGACCUGCACCGCUGAUGCCACUGUGACAGGAUGUAUCGAUUGCACUAAAAAUCCUACAGAUGCAGAGUGCGUGGCCGAGGCAGCCGCUGACACAACCACCACAACCACUACAGUGGCACCCACCACCACGGUGGCCGCAACAACCACUGCAGACUCCACAACGGUCGCCAGUACCUCUAGCUCGUCUUCCUCUUCCGGAAAACGGAAGAUCGUACGUAUCAAUUUGAGAUAUUCCAAUGUCCGUCGCGUCCGAGUCUAUCGAAACCGCUCGAGAACCACAACGACCCGCACAACUCUUCGGAAUCGCCGUCGCAGAAAUAAUUCCAGACGUGUCAACGUAAGGAGGGCCAAUGGAAAUAAUGUAAUUGUUAUCGGGUAA